GUAUUUGGUGAGUGAAGCCAACGGAGUUCAGCUGAACAACCAACAUAACAGAGACCGAAGCUUUUGGUCUAAUAUCCCACCAUGCCCACUCACUCAUUCUGUUUGUUGCUUUUAAAAUUUAGGUUUUUGGUGCUGCAUUGACUUGCUGAUGUGGGAGGAGCUGCCUACGGAAGGGCACACGAAGCAUGGAGGCUGGACAAAGAAGAGUCAAUACGUAAAGCUGUACAAGAGACAGAGAAAAGGGCAGCCCGGAUAUUGAAAGAAACACUCGAAAAGGCACUGAAAAAGGCAGAAGAAGAGAAAAGGAAAGCAUUGGAAGAGGCUAGAUUGGAAGCAGAAGCUACUGCCGAAAGGGUAAGGAUAGCCCGAGAUCAGUUGGAAGCAGAGCGCAUUGCCAAGCUAACGUGGGCUUUCAAAAAGGAGAAGGAAGAGGCUUUGAGGAAACAGUGGGAAGAAUGUGAACGGAUCAGAAUAAAAGCUGUAGAGGACGCCAUAGCAGAGACGACUCGUAAAUUACGCAUGCAGUUCCUUGUUGCCAAGGAAUUUGCUGUAGCCAGAGCUCUCAAAAUUGCCAGGUUUCAUUUUGCCCACCGUUUAAAGAAGGCGAUAGAGGCUACGAAAGAAGAGUGCAAUAGAUUGGCAGCCGAAGAGGCAGCACGGGUUGCCAAGCUUCACAGGGAAGAAACAAUGAGACUCAAUAAAAUAAUUCAUGAAACUGAAAGAGAGCUUCGAGAUGAGAUGCAAGCCAGAGAUUGGGUUCAAACAGAUUUCAAGGAUAUUCAGAACGACUACAGGCGUUUCUUGGAUUACACGGACGGCAAAUACCAUUCAGAUUAUAUGCUUAGGUUGCGGAAGCACGGAAUGAAAUUUGAUGCGAACUUUGACCAGAUUGAUGAGGAAUCUUGGGUGGAUAUAUUCCCGUUGCCAACGUAUCUCCAUCGUUACGCACGCAAGAGUAUGGUGACUCCGCACGACGUGACCAAAGAAAUGAACUUUGCACCUCCGAAGAUGGAUAAAAAAUGAUGUAUGUCUUCUUUAAUAGCAGUACAGUAUUAUGAAGGUAUAUUUCUAUAGAGAGAGUAAAAAUGCAUUUUUCACUAGACUGAAAAAUCCGCUCCUUCACAGAAAUUUUUUAGAGCAUUUUCUGAUUUUCUCAGUUAUCCUACACAGACGGAAGUCUCCCAUGGGACUUGUAAUGGUGGUGGUCUGCGUAACACUCAACUACAGCGUCUCUGAGGAAAAGGGUGAGCCUCUCCCUUUUUGAUUGCUGCCUGCUUAAAUCCCACUUUUGAUGGGGAAGACAGUGCGUGUCAAUGAAAAGUAACUUUAUCUCACUGGUUUCUCAAAAUAUGUAAUAUAAAAUUUAAAGAUUUCAUUCCAAACAGACAGGGUUCACUUUGUUAUUUUGUUUCAAAUGCAGUUGGAAUAUACGAAUGCACCAGCCAAUCAUGUUCAUAUUACCAUCAUGGCAUGAUGUCUAUACUUUAUUCUAUAGAGGGAGGAAAUGCGUCAAAGUUAGGUGAAGCCUCAGUAGAGCAUAUUCUGGAUGAAAUAGACUGAUUUUUCGGUCUAAUUUUACACCUGAAUAAUUAUGAUAGAUUCCUGAAAGUGUGGUGUGAUGAUAUAAAUCUUUUUUUCACAAUCAUGUAAUUUUGCCUGUUUUGGCUUGCUCUCACUUCCAAUGCUGCAAGCUUCAUCUGGAGCCUGUUUCAUAAAACUUGUUAUAAUAACAAAUUUGCAAUAACUUGUUAAAAGCUACUAAAAUCCUUCAAUCUAACGGGCUGAUAGUAAAUUUGUUAAAGAAAUUAAUGCAUUUGUUAUUAUAAAAAGUCUUUAUAAAACGGGACCCAGACCUUCGUCGAUGGCAUAGUAAGAAUGAGAGAAGUUAGUAUUGUAUAUUGUUUAACAACUCAGAGAUGUGUUUUCUAUUAUAUAUUUGUGCAAAAAAUAAACCAAAUAGCCGAAAUUUACAAAUGGGUUAAACUUUCGAUGGGGCCAAAAAAAAGUUUCCUGACCAAGAAAAAAAAAGGGGAGAAUGAGAAAGGGGAAAAAGGUGAAACAUGAUAUCAUUUUGUGAAUAGCAUGCCAAAAUCUAUCACAGAAUUAGAUUUUUGUAGU